AUCAGGCCCAACCAGUCUUAAUCGGUACACGAAGAUCCUUUUUUACUUUCAAUCUUCGGACAGACUUCAACGAGUCUUCUUCUCUCCUUCCUUCGCUCCGUGGAAUCGUCCUGUAAUCAUGAAGCUAGCUACGAUCUUGCUGCUCGUCGUCGCGGUCGUCUUCGCAGCUGAAGAGAAGGAGGAAGAACGUCCAAAAACAUUCAGAAGACUCAUUCCUGCUGACGUUCUUCGCGAUUUCCCUGGUAGGUGCUUCGCAUCCACAAAAUGCGCCACAAUUGAACCAACAAAAUCAUGGGAUCUAACCCCAUUCUGCGGCCGUUCUACAUGCGUGCCAGCCGAUGACAACUCCGGACGUCUAUUCGAGCUCGUGGAGGACUGUGGACCACUUCCAAAAGCCAAUCCUAAAUGCAAACUUUCGGAGAAAACCAACAAAUCAGCUCCCUUCCCCGACUGCUGUCCAAUCUUCGAAUGUGAAGAUGGCGCGAAACUCGAAUAUCCAGAAAUCCCAACUUUGCCGCCGCCUACGGAAAUCGUAGAAACCGAGAAAACACCGGAAGCAGCACCGGCGAAAGCUUAAUUUUCAACGCGGUAGAACGUGGCCUCUACAAAAUCAAUUCGAACGAUCGAUUGAAUAACUUAAAUCGAGACUUAAAUAUCGAACAAAAUUAUUUACGUUGAAAUCUUCUAUUUGUAAUUCUUUUUCUAUUGUUAAUAACUUACGAACGCUAUUUUGAGUUAAUUAGAAAAAAUAAUCGAGAUUGAACAGAAUUUGUGGUUAUCUUUGAAUAAGAGUGAAAUAUUACUUUCGACGUUGCGCAUCGGUGCAUGUUGUUUCGUCAUGAGGAGGCCACGCUGCAACUUCCUGUUACCCUUCGAUGCGAGUGGACUUCGUACAUAACUAAAAUUACACGUUUUAUAUAAUUUAUCUGUUACUUACAGUUUCUACGAUAAUACGAAAUUGCAACAUUCCACGUAGACAAAUGUAAGGUUAAUAGCGUCAUCGUUAAUAUGCGAUAAUUGUUAGCGUCAAUAAUUUGGCAUCAUUUCUCAGCAUCGAAUUUCUUCAGCCUCCUAGUCUUAAAAACGGAAAUCAGAUGCUCUUGUUCGUUCUGUAAUUGCACCCUUUUAUAUAGUAAUAAAAACAAUUGAUUUUUUGUUUA